UUCCCACAUGCAGGCAAUACACUCAUACACAUAAACUAAAAAUAAUAAAUAAAAUAUAUUUUAAAAAUUUAAAGGGAAACCUAGACUGGGAAUAAAUGGCACAGGCUCAGGUUUCCAGUAUCAGUUCUCAUUCUGUCUCCCUCUAUCCCGCUGCCCCCUUUCUCUUUGUGUAUGACUGUAUGUGUCUGUGUAUGUACACUGGAUCAAAUCCAUGUUCUCAUAUAAGCAAGUUCUCUACCACUAAACUACAUACACUACUGCCUCCCUGGUAGCAAAACUCUUAACACAUCAUUUUCUCUAUUACAGCAGUAUUUAUUAAUACACAUGGUUAAGACUCCUACUACAGCUGUCUAAGGAGCUUUUACAUUUGUAGGGUUCUGGCUCCUGCCCACAUAUAUUGAAUAUGGUGAAUCGCCAACUUUGGGAGGACAGAUUAACUCAAUAAGCAUUAAACAUACUAAAAUAUGAGGUGCCUCAACUUAGAAUGGUGAAGUGGUUUUUUAUUUGUUUUGUUUUUAGCUGACAGGAUCUCCUGUAUCGCAAGCUGGUCCCAAAUUCACAAAGAUGACUUUGAAUUUCUGAUUGUUCUGCCUCUACCUCCCUAGUGCUGGGACUACUGGCAAACAAAAGCCAGUGUGGGUUAAUGUGCUGGGGACAAAACUGAGUGCUUAGUGCAUGCUAGGGAAGCAUUCUACAUCUAUAUCCCAGUCUUUGUUCUUGAGGGCAGUGGAAAUAAUUCUUUUUUUUGUGGUCCUCAAAGGCCAGAAAUACAAUAGAUAUUUAACCAUCAUCCAUAAAUUAAACUAAUAUUAUAGUGCAGUCAUUUUCUAUCUGCUUAAUUGCUAUGUAGACAUUAAAACUAAACUCAAUCACUAUACAACCAGUUAAGAGAACCUGUAGUUAAGAUACACAGUACGUUUAAUUUACAUAGAACAUAUAUGCUUUGUUGCCAGGAAUUUUUAUUCUAUAUGUAAUUUUCAGCUGUGUUCUUCAUGCUUUGAGGCAGGGUUGUUGUUGUUUGUUAUCAGAGGAUAUGGGUUGGAAGAACUAUCUGGAUGUGGCCUCUAAGGCCAGUAUCUAAAAAUUAAGUUUAUAGUUUGCAGUGGACAACAUUUUGUAACUUAACUUCACAGUGUUGCUGAAGCACAAAAGAUACUAUGUGCUCUACAUAUUUCCAAGUCUUCCUGCGAUUUUAAAUAUGUAUGAGUUUUAAAAACUAGUAUAUGAGAAUAGAAACAUAGCGCAAAAAAAUUUAAAGUGAACACGCAUUUGAAUAAAUUGUUCACCUGCAGUUGGCAUUUGCAUGUAUAUCACGUGUAGAAAACGGUGGUUAAACAACUCCAAAUCUUCAUCCAAGAACUUAGUUCCUCUGAAUAUAUUAUUAUAGUAACAAGACUGCAGUCCUUCAUAACCAAAUUCUCCGGUCUUUACUAGACCAGGUUGAAAGCCAUGUGGCCGGUCUCUUUAAGGUGUAACAGAACUCCGACUGCAUUGAUCAUAGGCUCACAAUUCCCACGCUCCCCCGGAUCGGGUUUCUGUUCCGGAUACUAUCUACACCAACCCGAGGGACCACUACUUCGAAUGCACGCUGGCUUGGCAGUGCCUCAGCCGCCAAGCCAGCAGUGCCCUUCCACCAGGCCGAGGGCCGCUCUGGGUAGCGCGGGUAACGACUCGGGGCUCGACUAGCCACGCCUGGAGCGCGGGGUUUGAUUGGGCCGCCGUUGUUGUAGUGACCGGGAGGCGCCGGCGCUCGGGGCGGACGGUUCCGGGAGCCACAGAGUCCGCCCCCCCCCAUCCUGGCCCCUCCCCGUAUCCGCAGGGGAUGGGCGCCGUCCGCUCCUCGCAUGGCCUCCGUCCGGGCGCACCCGGUUCUGGAGCGUUAUUUUAAAGGCCACAAAGCUGCGAUCACCUCCGUGGACUUCAGCCCCAAUGGCAAACAUCUUGCUACUGCUUCUUGGGAUACCUUUCUCAUGCUGUGGAAUUUGAAGCCACAUGCUAGAGCAUACAGAUAUGUGGGUCACAAGGAUGUUGUAACCAGCGUGCAGUUUUCGCCACAUGGAAACUUACUAGCCUCCGCCUCACGAGAUAGAACUGUUAGACUCUGGAUUUCUGAUAAGAAAGGGAAGUCCUCAGAAUUUAAAGCUCAUACCGCUCCAGUUCGAAGUGUGGACUUUUCAGGUGAUGGCCAGUUUCUAGUCACAGCUUCCGAAGACAAAUCCAUCAAAGUUUGGAACAUGUACCACCAGCGCUUCAUGUACUCCUUGUACCGACACACACACUGGGUACACUGUGCCAAAUUUUCACCUGAUGCAAGAAUAAUUGUGUCAUGUAGUGAAGAUAAAACUAUUAAAAUCUGGGACACCACAAGUAAGCAGUGUGUUAAUAACUUCUCAGAUUCUGUAGGAUUUGCAAAUUUUGUGGACUUUAACCCUAACGGUACAUGCAUAGCUUCAGCAGGUUCUGAUCACACUGUGAAAAUCUGGGAUAUAAGAGUGAACAAGUUACUCCAGCACUAUCAAGUUCACAGCCGUGGUGUGAACUGUCUGUCAUUCCAUCCUUCGGGGAACUACCUCAUCACUGCAUCUUCUGAUGGUACACUUAAGAUUCUGGAUCUCCUGGAGGGAAGACCCUUAUAUACGCUCCAAGGACAUAUGGGACCUGUCUUUACUGUUUCAUUUUCAAAGGGAGGAGAACUGUUUACAUCAGGAGGUGCAGAUGCACAGAUCUUGUUGUGGAAGAGCAACUUUGGUGAAAUGCUUUGUAAAGAUCCUAAUAAAAAAAAUCUCAAAAGAUUACAUUUUGAAUCAUCACCACACCUUCUUGACAUCUACCCAAGAUCACCACAUACCCACGAGGGGAAAAAUGAGACUGUUGAAAUUAAUCCAAAGCUUGAGGUAAUCGAUUUGCAGAUUUCUUCUCCCCCUGUUGUGGACGUCCUUUCUUUUGACUCUACCACAACAAUGGAUUCCAAGGGUAGAGUUCUGCCAGACAAGGGUGAAGAUAUCUGUGGAUAUUUCUUGAACCCUUCCUUAAUACCAGAAUGUUCGUCAGCAACUGUGAAAAAGAAAACAGAAGAUGUGAGUGACCUGCCCUCUGAGAGCCAAAGAAGCAUACCUCUGGCUGUGACGGAUGCCCUGGAGCACAUUAUGGAGCAGCUCAGUGUUUUAACACAGACUGUUUCAAUUUUGGAGCAACGACUGACUUUGACAGAAGAUAAAUUGAAAGACUGCCUUGAAAAUCAGCAAAAGCUUUUCAAUGUCAUCCAACACAGAAGUUGACUAGGAAAGUAUGAGCACAGGUCCAUAAAUGAAUGCAUGUUCACACAGUUGGGAAGGUAGCCGAGGCGUUCCACACCCCCACCAUACAUUAAUUACUGUGGCAUAUCCUCAGAGCCACAACAGGAAAGACAGGAAAGGCAUUGUUAAGGACUGACUUAAACACAUAACUCAUUGUCAAGGACCAAUUUAAAUCUCUCCCAGUUAUGAUUAUAGUAAUAAAGUUAGAAGAAUUCAAGUCACUCUAUAUUCCCCCUAUAUUAUUUUAAAUGUCAAUUUUAUUUAAAGUUCAAAUCCCAUCAUGAAAAUAAUCAAAUUUCUAGAUUUUAUUGUUAAAUCAUGUCAGAUGUUUUAGGUGGUUCCCUAGGGUAAUUAAUGUAUGUCUUUGGUGAAUACACUCUUGGGGUGAAAUAUGUUCACUUGCUUCUAAAAUAGCAUCUUAAAUGUAGAAAACCAGUUAUUGAUCUGGCUUUUAUUUCUUUCAGUUCAAAAAUUUACACUCUUUCAAAUGCCUUGGGAAAAGAUGCUCUAACACAAUUACGCAGACCUAAGAAUUCCCACAGCAAGAAUAAACUUAUUUUCAUUCGCACACCACAUAUGUGACAGGGAAGGGCUGAUUUUGUUGUUGUUUUGUUUGGGGGCUCUGGUUUUUGUGGUGUGCGUUGUGGCCAACCCAAAGGAGGGUGAAAUGGUGGAACCAUGUGAGGCAUGUGUAUCUUUUGUCACAAAUGAAUGCACUGAGUGGUUUGGGUUGUACUGAGCCUCCGAUCACAGUUCACAAAGGUCAUGUUAGUGUGAUUUCAACGUGCUAAAAAGCCCAAAUGAGGCAGCAACUUUUUUAAAAAUAUAUAUAUAUACCUGUAGGUAGGCACACCUGCUUCAGAAAUAUUACUGUUUACAGUGAUGUUGGUGGCUGAAGAAUGAGUACAUUUUUAUUUAGAAAAAAAUUUUGCAUCAUUUGUCUAUUUUUUUUAAUGAAUUGGGAUUUAAAAUAAAAUGAAUGAAAAUGAUCCAGGUUUUCCAAAAGAUCUCAGUUACAAAUUGGAAAUUUUGUUUUAUCUUAAACAAGAUGGAAAUCAAAGUAGAAAAGAAAGAGCACCAAAUUCAUGGCAGGUCUCUUUUUGCUCUUGGAACCUACAUCAAGAACAAAGGUGAGGGAGGGGCUGGAGAGAUGGCUCAGUGGUUAAGAACACUGGUUGUUCUUGCAGAAGACCCGGGUUUGAAUCCCAGCACCCACAUGGCAGCUAACAACUGUCUGCAACUCCAGCCCCAGGGGAUCCGACAGCCUCUUCUAACCUCUGGGCAUUGGACAACACGGGUGCACUUACCUACAUGCAGGCAAUACAUGCAUACACAUAAAAUAAAAAUAAUAAAUAAAAUAUUUUUUAGAACAAAGGUGGGAACACCAACCACAUCUCUGUAUCUACAGGUAACCUGGCGGUAAAUGCAGAAAGAAAAUGAAGUCCUAUGUAUGUGGUAAUGUAUAUUUAGAAUUUUUUCUCCCAGUGGAUUCAAUUGUACCCUGAGCUUGUUUUAUUUUUAUCCUCUCACUGUGUGUUGUAAAUGCCUUUUAUAUCAUAUUAAGUGUGACCGUCUAGACAUUUUCAAGAGCUCACAAAACAAAGUGGCGCUGUAUUUUUAUACCUUUAUUGAAAAUACUAAAAUGAAAUGAAAUGUGAUUCCAAAUUUUGUUUACUCCUUUUUAUAUGUCAAACAAUAAAGACAUUUUUU